UUAUUUCAUAUAGAUUUUGGCCAUUUCCUGGAUCAUAAGAAAAAGAAGUUUGGCUACAAAAGAGAGCGAGUGCCCUUUGUUCUGACACAAGACUUUCUCAUCGUCAUCAGCAAAGGAUCCCAGGAGUGCGCAAAGACCAAAGAGUUCGAAAGGUUUCAGGAGAUGUGUUAUAAAGCCUACCUAGCCAUCAGGCAGCACGCCAACCUCUUCAUCAACCUGUUCUCCAUGAUGCUCGGCUCUGGCAUGCCUGAGCUGCAGUCAUUUGACGACAUUGCCUACAUUAGAAAGACGCUGGCACUGGAGAAAACAGAGCAGGAGGCACUGGACUAUUUCAUGAAGCAGAUGAAUGAUGCUCACCAUGGAGGGUGGACCACCAAGAUGGACUGGAUAUUCCACACAAUUAGACAGCAUGCACUAAACUGAUGCUGCAGACAAACCCAAUCCACCAGUCCCAGCAUGGAGUACUUCACGCAGACGAGUCUUUCAAGGCUCUUCUCGUUUACAGCAGAUAUCACAAAUGGCUCCCUGAGGAUGGAUGCUUGCAGCUUGAUCUGUUUUUUCUUUACAGCAUUUUUCUUUUUCUAAACGAGGCUCUUGUGUUUCUGUGGGUUUUUUGGGGGGGUUUUGUUUUUUGUUUGGUCUUGAUGAUGCCGUCCGAGUAUCCGCUGCCUGUUUCAGGGUCUACAUGGGAGCAUUUUCCUGUUGCUGUGGAGGUGUACCCACCAUGGCUAUUAUGCUUCCUCUGUAUUUUUUUUUUAAACCACAACAGGAACAAACUGGCCAACCAAGGAAAAUCUUAUCCUUUUACUCCAUUGCUCAGUGAUAAAAACCAAAACUCGGAAAACUCAGUGUAAAGAUGACAUUUUUGCCAAGGUAUAAAUGUAGCCACACAGUUCAACCUGCUGCCCCCUCUGCUGUAUUAGUGCUGCACACUUUCUCCACCUAGAAUGGAGGUUGUUUUUUUUUUUCAUUAGGAGCUAGUUGGCACAAGAAAUAGUCUAAAUUAGCUGCGGUUUGUUGUACAGUACGGGAUAACUGGUGCACGGGAGCCUUUAUGAUGUCUUCCCCCAUCUUUGUGGUGAAGUCGCCCCUUCGCAGAUGAUUUGGAGUUGUCUCUCCUUCCUUUGAACUCCUUGUGUGGAAACGUCAAGGUUGCAAAUCUGCAGGAGAGUCUUUGAGUUGUUUUGCACAGAUCUGUAGGCCUCCACCCUCCACUCCAAACAGCCUCAUUGAGUCAGCACUUCACCCCAGAGAUGGUGGUGCAGCUUUAGACUCUUGCAUAAACUUCAGGGUGAUGAUGCCUUUCCAUCAAAAAAACAGCACUUAGAGAAUAAUAUACAGAUUUAUUAUGACUUUUUAAAUUUAUUUAUGUACCUAGUUUCUUUCAGUUUCAGCAAAAGGCAAAACCUGAACUUGACUCUUCAGAAACACGGUUUUGUUUUGUUUUUUCAUUGUGUGUGUGCGUGUGUGUGCGUGUAUCUGUAAAUAUAAUUGAGGUUGAAGCAUCUGUGUUACAUGUUUGCAGCUUCACACUACCACCAGUGCUACCACUUACCCCUGUUACUUUACCCCUCAAUUUUCAAUUUUUUUAUAUUCACAAAGUAAGACUGAUGUUGUUGUUUUGGGGGGUUUUAAGCUUUUUUUUCCUUAUAUUUAACAUCUAAUUUGGCCUUACCCGAUUCGUUGUGGCUAGUUUACAGCCCUACUUGGGAUAAUUUGUUAAAUGAUGCAAAAUGGAAAGCGUUAAAGUGCCAAUAUCACAUUUGAAAAAUGAGACCUAUAUUAAGCCUCUGGCUGUUUGUUUGUUUGUUUGUUGUUUUGUUUUGUUUUGUUUUUUGGCAAGCAGAGGCCCUGGGGAAUGUCAAGUCUUCCUCUUGAUUAAAAGCCUUGGCAUCACAGCACAACACUGCACACUGUUGAGCCCUACAAACUCUGCCUAAGCAAACCCUGACAGCACUAAGUCAAAAAGCAUGGCAGGCUUAGCGAAUGAUUUGACCGCCUUAGCGGUCCUUUUGACCUUGUUAGACUGGCGGGUCUUGACACAUCUCUCAUUAGAAAGUUGCUAAAAUGUUGAAGUAUAUUUUAAAUUGUGUUUUUGAAACAUUUGAUUUGAGGCUUGCAGUCUUUUGCCAAGUGGAGACACUGAAUUAUGUUGGUCUUGUAUUUUUGUUUUUUGGUUGUUUGGGGAUUGUUUUGUGUUUUUUACAUUUGAAAAUCACAUUGAAAUAGUAGCAUGAGUGUCUCGAGGGGGAGGUUAGUUAGUUACGAGAUGAAGUCCUCAGAAAUUCAGCUGGAAGCCUCUGAAAGUGGGCGCUGGCUCAGCAGAUAUUGGAUCGUUUAUCCAGGUGGCAGAAAAUGUAUUGAAAGAUGAAAAAUUUAAACAGAUUGUUUGCACUUUGGGGCAGCUUGGGGUCAUGUGAUUGGCACAAUGAAUAUUCAUAUUAAUGCUCAGUUUGUGUGUACAACCCAAGACGUGAAAAAAAGGUAUAAAACCGUUUUGGGUUGGGGGGGUUGGGUGGGGGGCCUAUGAGAUACGAAGAAGAGUUAGCAGUGUUACAUGAAGCAGCUUGGAAACUGUUGUUCCAUAGUGUCUUUUGGGCAGGCCGUAGUUGGUGGAACUCGCAGUGUGCUCUGCUAAGGAGAGAAUGUAGUAUUUUACAAGAAAUGGAGCCUCUCACGGUGCAUGUAGGAAAGACACUAGGACACUACAGUAUGAGACCCGGCGUGUCUGUGGGGAAACAGUCUGCACUUUGCCGCUUCAACUGCUGAUUGUAUAGAAAAGCCAAAGUUGUGUUCUGUCGCGAUGCGGCGCGCGCACGUGCGUCACAUCAUUGCAGCAUUAAUGGCUAGAAUGUAUUCAGUCGCUAACAUUGAUGACUCAUCUUUUUGCAUCAGUAACGUGUUUCUGUCCCUACACAGCAGGUCAUCAGCACAGAACGCAUUCCUUUGUUUUCUCUACGUGCCAAAUCGGACAGUAUCGCUGAUGUCUGCAAAAGCUGAUGCUUGAACAGUGUCAUGCAGUGAGGCAUAUUACAGACUUUUACAAUUUAAAAAAAACAAACAAAAAUACAAAAAAUAUUGUGGUAUGCACUUAAAGAAAAACUCUAGUUCUCAAUGCCUUUUUGUCCAGAAGGACUCUAUAAGAAGAACGUUAGCCUAGUAUGCAUGCAGCAUAACCAGUAUGUAUGUAAGAUGUACAUUUUGAAGCAGCAUUAAGCAGUAUGUAUGUACAGUUACAGUCUAGCCUUUUUUCUAUGGUAGGCUUCAUGUGUAGUGUUCUCUUUAAUAUCCAUGUACUCUCCAAACAAAGUGUGCGAGCGUGUGCGUGCUCCGUUCUGUACAGGUUGCAGAGCUUCAUUGGCGGGCUCCAAUGAAAACCCUACACACUGUGUGUAUGUACAUGUUCUGCCUCUGUGUGAUGACACUAGCAGCAAAGGUGUCUUUAAAUGUUUUAUAAAUCAUUUUCUCUCCUGGCUGGUUUGUGCCAGAGAAGAAAAACAAACAGACACACAAAAAUGCUGUUUUUUUGCAUCAUUUGCAAGGAAACAUAAAUGAGGGUAAACUUAGAUUUUUUUUUUUUCUUUUUCAUAAAUUAGUCGUUUUACUUGAAGCACCAUGAAUCGAAACCACAGCUGUAUUUUGUCAGUUUAGAUUUGAGGUGUAAGGGGUCUGUGUGUGUUGUACCGAUUGCUGAAGCAUUGGUACAGGUUGCCUGUUUGACACCCUCAGUAAAUGUUAGUGAUGCCCAGAAAUGCAUUUUCAGCUAAUGAAGAACUAAAGUUGCGCUUGAGUUCAAAUUUUCUGAGAUCAGGUGGCAGCUUUGACGUCACAGGGGAAAACGUAGGCGUCUUCUUUAGACCAUGCUCAUUUAAAACGUCUUCUAAUCCCUCAGCUUUGGUGCUGAAGUGGUGCAGUAACUGUUACCAUUUUCUCCCUGAACCGAUUUUUUUUUUUUUUCUAUCCUUUUAACCAUCACAUGGCUCAGCACAGGUUCAGAUUUACAAAUCAUGCCAUCACAGGAUCUGAUUUCUCUCCAUUUGUUUCAGUUUAACUGUAUGAUUGGGUUAUGUGCAGGGGACAGAGUAUCACAAAGAUACAUCUCUGUUGUUUUGCAAUCUUGCAGAGUCAGCUGACGUCAGAGAUGACUGUUGGUUGUCUUUAAACCCCCUAUGUGUCCAAAGAACCGAGAGCGGAGGGAAAAUGGUUCACUGUGACCAUAACAACACAAACACCAAGCGAAUGUAAAAGUCUGCAGCCUCUGUGAAGACUAUAGUGUGCUGCCUCUAGUCUGAGGUGUCUCUGUUACUGUUCCUAUUUGUUUACCUGGUGUUCAUGUUAUUGUGUCCACCAUCUUUUUAAUUGUAUGGAACCCGAUAUUUAGAAAUGAAGCAACGACGGUCCCUCUCUCUCUCGGUGAAUUGAACAGAUGUGGAAGGGUUUGAACACUUAGACUUGCAGGGAAUAAAAAUAUGGACAAAAUAUGUGAAAUAUUGAUCAUUUAUAUUCAAUUUGGAGGUUCGGAAGUGUCUCAGACUCUCACACAUGGCUACAUGCUCUGUGGUUUCAUUUUAAUACUUUUUUCUUUGUUUUUUGGUAUGCAGUACUAAUAUUUCCAUAACAUACCAUGUUGUCAGAACUCUAGCCUAUACUAUGAAUGAAUGUACGCCGGGCCAAUGUAUUGUUACUCACAGCCUACCUGCAUGAUAUUGGGUGAAGCUGAAUACUCUUCCUGCUGCAUUUUGUUUUCCUUUUUUUUUUUUAUAUUGUAGUCUAAUAGGCAGCCAUACAGACAUUUAUAAAUGAAUGCCUUAAGUUUGCUAGUUUCUAGGACAAGUUUGCCCUCACAGUAACCUGCUUUUUUAUUUAUAAAUGUAUGUUGUGUUUUGUUUUUGGGUCACUGGUCGAGGAGUAAAGGUUUGUACCCCGACUGACUGACUUACUGACUGACCGACUGACUGACUCAUCAUCUGAGUGUUCUGUGAAGAUGUACAAAUAAAUUUGUUAAAGAUUGA